AUGAGACAUUUAAUUUUGAUUGCCAUUACUUCGGUUGUGCUUAUUUUAUUUUUAACGGGAUAUUACAUUAGUAGCUUAUUUGAGAAAUAUUCAUUCUUAUCAACUAAUAACGACCUUUUAGAUAAAAAUAUUAUACCGCCUUCAAAAUUUCUAGAAAAAGAGAAACAAAGGCAAAGAUUUCCUAAAUUUGAUGCAUUCUAUGACGAUUAUAUUAAGAAACACAAUCGAACUGUUGCAAAAUUAUUAGAACAGACUACUAAAGACAAUUCAACAAAGCUUCCAAAAGUUAUUGUCGUGCAGCCUAAUAUGAAUGCAGGAUUAGGGAACCGAUUACCUGUAUUAAUAUGUGGUUUUUUAUAUUCAAUGAUGAUUACCGAUAGGCUAUUUUUUAUUGAAGGGUUUUAUAGUUUCACAGAAUAUUUCGAGAAAGAUUUUGACCAUGAUUGGAAAAGCGUUGCAAACUUAUAUAACAGUAGUAGUUCCAAAUAUUUGCAUAACGACAAUGAUAAUGAAUUCCAAUUGAUAACUAGAGGAAACCUUAGUAAUGAGGAAAUAAAUUCAUACGAUAUUUUAUAUGUUCGCACAUGGGAUUAUGUUUGUGCACCGGUAAUUUCGAAUCCUAACUACAAAGAAUGGAUUAGUAGUAUAAUACCGGACAAUAAAAUAUUCGGAACAAUUAGUCAAAAAUUAUUAAAGCUACAACCAGAUCUUAACAAACAAGUAGCAACUUUUAUAGACAAUAAUUUCGGAGAGUAUAAUAUAGGAAUCCACUUAAAAGUGCGAAAGAAUCGUUUCAUGACCAACUUUACAACACCCACAGAACAUUAUUGCCAAACAACAAAAAUGCUGAUGACGGGAAUAGACAAAAAGAAUGUGACCAUCUUUAUAGCAGCUGAUGACG